AGUCUUCCUGUUUGCGGAUGUCGCUGUAUAAUUAGGCGUUGGUUGGCGAUAGGAGUGUACUGCGCCUGCUCACAACAAUCACCUGUCCUGAAACUAGUGAUGUCUUAAAGGGAUAGCUGCGAUACUAAGCGACAGAGACAGCUCCGAUAAUGUCCCGGGGUGUUCGGGACCAGUAUGACCGGAUGUAUCACGUGACCGAGACCCGGACUAAUCCCAAAGGUUUUACAGAGUACAAAGUCAAUGCUGAGUUUAUACCAAAGAAGAACCCCCAGGAUGUUAAAGAGAUCGUUGUUUGGAAACGUUACAGCGACUUUAAGAAACUUCAUGGAGAGCUCUCCUAUACACACAGAAAUCUCUUCCAGCGCACUCAGGAAUUCCCAGCAUUUCCCCGUGCUCAGGUUUUUGGACGUUUUGAGGCUCACGUUAUAGAGGAACGGAGACAAGCUGCAGAGGAUAUGCUGAGGUUCACUGUGACUAUCCCAGCUCUCAAUAACAGCCCACAGCUAAAGGAGUUCUUCAGGCAGACAGGAGAAGCUACACCGCGAUCAGAUGGUCCGGACCCUGCAGAUGUACUUGUCUUGCCUCCGCCAUUAAUCCCAGAACCAGCUAGAUGCUCUUCUAUUGAAAUAAAAGAAGAGGUAAAUGGUGCCGAUGUGACAGUGUCGGAAGCUAUGACGGAACUUAUUGAGGACGGGAUCAGUAAUGAACCAACUGCGUUUGAUUUACUCUUUGAUCUGAGUGAAGAUGUGUGCCAGAUAGAAGCUGAAGAGAUCCACCAACCACUUCCAUCCACAAAAUCACUGGAUCCCAAUGACUUGGCACUGUUUGACCCUUGUUAUACAGAAGAUGGUGCAUCUGCAGAAUUGGAUACCUCUUUGAAUCUGCUGUCCCUGAAGUGUGAAGGGGAGGGGCUGACUUCUUCCCUUUCUCUUGGUGAACAAGAAGGGUCUUACAUCUCAGAAGCUACAUGCGAAGUCCAGAGAGCAAUGGAGAGAGAGUUAGCUGAAGAUUACCCAGAAGCCUUCAGGCUUUUCCGAAAUGCAGUGGAUAUCUUAUUAAAAGGAGUGAAAGAUGAUCCUUGCCCGGACAGACGAGAUGCUGUGACUCGCAGAACAGCAGAAUAUCUCCACCAUGCGGAAAAAAUCUUUCUAGAGCACAUAGGCGGGAAAACAGAGUGAUCCCAAAUGAGCACAGAAAAGUUGCUGGAUCUUGUGUAAAAGGUUUUUUUCAAUUGUUAUUUUAAUUCAGAAUUGGACCUGUAACAAGAGGGAUACUGCACACCAUGCUUUAUAUACCAAUACGAGACACAAGGAUUUGUUUGCAUCUUCUCUAUAUAGGUGGCCCAUGGAUCCUCCAAUCAUGUGCUUCCUUCAAAGUAUGUUGUAUUUUCUCACUACUUGCCGCAUCUGAGUUGGACAAAGUAUUGGACACCAGAGGAAAUGAGAUGUUUGUUUGCAGAAUGAGUUCACAGAUUUUUAUUUACUAGAGUUUUGUUUAUUUACCAGUUGUACAAAUGUCAGAACUGAGAGAAUCUUUGUUUUAUAAGUGAACUAUCAUCAGUGAUAAAUGCACCAUUUUAUGUGGUAAAUGA